UAUUAGUAAGCCUCCAUAAAUAAGUAAUUUCAAUUACCAUUUUUAGGUUGUUUCCUACACAUACUAAGCCACAGUAAGUAAAAAUUUCCACCAAACCUUGAAAGGUCAAAAGCAUCUGCAAUAUUUAUAACCCCCCACUCCACUCCAGUUCUCCACAUUAUUUCUUCAUUUCUCAGUAUACUGAGUUGCUUUUGAAGGGUGAAAAAAUGGGAAGAGUAAAGGUAGAGAUUAAGAAGAUUGAGAACACCAGUAGCAGGCAGGUAACGUUCACGAAACGGCGCGGUGGAUUGCUGAAGAAGGCCAAGGAAUUGGCCGUUUUGUGUGAUGCAGAAGUUGGCGUUAUAGUUUUUUCAGGCACAGGAAAACUUUAUGAAUUCGCCAGUUUUGGCAUGGAACAUAUCAUAGAAAGGUACAAGAGUCUGCGCCCUUUUGAAGUUGCCCAACUCGAGAAUGUGGCGAAUCAGGUGGAGGUGCAUGCUGACGUAAAUGCCCUGAAAGAUGAACUUGAAAAGCUCAAGUUAAUGCACAGGCGGAUGCUAGGAAAAGAGCUCGGCGGGUUGAGUUUACAAGAAUUGCAGGAUAUGGAGCAUAAACUUUCCGAAGGGGCAAUGUUGGUAAAAAAUGAAAAGGAGAAAAAGCUGUUCGAGAAGCUGGAAAAAUCGAAACUGCAGAGACAAAAAGUUGUACAACAAAAUGAAGCACUUCGUGAACAGGUUGAGGAGCUUAAGCACCAAGUUGGGCUGUCACGAUCUCAUCGUCUACUUGGUAGAAAAGAUUAUGGUACAGCAUUGACGUCUGUUCGAGAAGGGAGUUCGGAUAUUUCUUUACGCUUGGAGCUAUCUUUAGUUGAUCGUCCCGAAAAGAGGAAGUUGCCAAAGACGGAGUCAAGUUUCAAGAUCCCGAUGGACACAAACUAGUGUUUCAGUUUUUUUCCCUAGCAAGAAAACCUUGUUAUGUUGAUUAAUGUGUUCGAGAGAUUUAAAGUCAAAUUCUAGAUUGAUAAUUAGU